GGCGAAUGCGGUCGGCAUGUACUCCGUAAGCCCGAUGAAUAUUGUUUAAGGAUCAAAAUAUACAACAUCAGUGGUCGCUCCGAAUGCCCCGGCAUUUAGCUCCCACCCGUUCAGGAGUGCAUCGGCUCGCAUGUCUUUCACUUUAUCAUGCACUGCUCUCCAGCUGUUCCCGGGCAUUUACGAGUAGUAAAGCAGAUGAAGUCCGUGAACUUAUAAGAACCAGGUUCCGCAAGGACCAAAAGCUACAAAGCAUAAGCAAAAUAGCCAAUGCUUUGAAAGCAGGGCAGGAAGCCCUUGAUCUAUUCCAGGCUUGCUCGGGUGGAAAUAAGCAAAGCAACCAGCGCGUCGAUUCUUUGCUCGCCGCAACGAAGUCUCUCCUGCAGCAGACCCUACAAGAACGCCGUGAUCAGGCUGCGAAUACGCCGCCGCCAGAUCGCACCUCGUUGGCUGCGAAGGAAAGGGCCAAUCGACGCCCGGAAGCUCGUCGCCCACACCCCGAGAGAAUUUCGAUUCUUUCCCGACCAAGGCCAGUAGUGAGUGGUAGGCGUCAUGUCCCUGUGCUAGUUAAUGCACGCGGUAUUCCUUUCUUGCGGAUUAAGAAACCGCAGCCUCCCAGCUUGAGCUGCACGAUUAGGAGCUUGCUGAAUAGGCGCUGGAAACGAAUUGAGAGGCGUGAUCGACUGGAGCUUGAGCUUGUACGUGCACGGGAUGAGGAUCGCUGGGAUGCGCUUACAGGGCAGAGCGAUAUCUUAUCUUGGGAAGGAACUGUAAAAGAGAGUCUACAUGAGGUCAACACCAUAAUAUUAGAAGCAGACCGGAAAAACAGAGCGAUGGCUCAGAGAAUGUGGGAGAUAGUAUUGAAGGAAAGGGAAUUGGCAAAGAAGGAAGCUCUGGAGAGGAGGCAGAAGACGCCAUCCGAACAACAAGCGAAGAGCGAGUAAAUGUUAAAUCCCUACGGCAUUGGGUGGACGUUAAGCUCGAGGUUUUCAGCCUUUGCUACCUUCGCGGAAAUUCCCAGCUCCAGAUCGGCCUUCUUCUCGUUAAUACUCCGUCUACAAGCCUAUCUGGCGGGGUCAGCUCCCUUAGGGAAUGCAGCUCCUGCUGUGUGUCUAGAAUCGUUGUGAUUGGGCCUUUUUCCAUGAGAUAAGUGGCGAACAUGCCUGGGCAAGACAUUCUUAUGUGUUCCGAAUACGCAGUCGUUGACCUUGUCUCCAAAGAACGAAAUGGCUGGGACCAUUUAUAUUAUCAUUCGAUAGUGACAAGAAGCCGAACCGUCGUUCAACGGGCAUUACAAGCUCACUCAACAAGACACUAGAUUCGGGGCUCUCGGCUAAAAGGACUACAGCGCUAGAAUUGGUAAGCCGGAGACAAUAAUACUAAUAUGGCUUUGACUUUCUCGCGUAGCAGUUAUUGGGUGGCUGCCCCGUGGUCAAAUGCUCCAUGCUCUACAGGUUUGUAAAGAGUAUGGCUACAGGCUAUUGUGGAUAACACCAGCUCAAUUCAAGAAACAGGACGGCAUCAAAUAUAUAUAUUUACUCGUAAGAAAGUGGUGCAAUACUAGGAUUAAUGUGAAUCCUAUCAAUAAUAAAAUCUAUCAGCGGCAGCACGAGGAAGGCAUGACUUGUAUUCUGCGCCUCGAAGGGUGUACUGUAUGAACAGAAGAAAGUUCAGCGCUAUAAUAUAUCCAAAUCUGAAGAGAUCGCGCAUCUCGUUUCAACCGGCUCGCCGUAAAAUCCCUGGCAGCGUUGGAGCACUUGUCAUGCUUUUAAGUCCACACUAGCUAAUUUUGCCGGUAACGGAUCCUCCUCGUCAUAAUCUGCCUUUCCAGCAAGGCCCCUCUCCCAUAGCUGUUUGCCGGUGAGUUUUUUCGGCUCUUUAGUAGCUCCUUUCUUCUUUUUCUCCUCUGCUUCUCGUUCCUCCUGUUUCCUCUUUUCUUCUUCUUCUAUCUCCUUCUGGAAAUUCUCCCGCCAUGCAAGGAAGCUUUCUCUUGUCACAGCCUCACCCUGGAAUUUUCGGUUCUCCUCUUCCUCCGCUUUGGCCGCUUCAAAUUCUUUUAACGCUUGAAUGGCUUCGCGACGCUCUGAAAUAAGUAGCUCCGCACCCUCUUUCAGCAUAUCGACGAGCGUAAAUAUCAUCUGCAUUCCCAGAUUCUCUUCAAUUGUAGUUUGAAGUGACUCUAGAAGUCGAUCUCGAUCCUCCUGUAUAUCAAGAUGUGGGUAUUUCGGGGCAUUAGGAGGGGCGGAUAUUUCAAGGUGAGGAGCGACAUCAGGGUAAUCUUCCGGAUAGGUUACUUGAAGAAUGAGAACUGGAGGAUCGGAGUAGUCUUCCCCAUGAUGGCUGACGUCUAGAACGAU